UUCAUGAUGCGUGUGAUUAUUUUAUUAUUUACGGUGCUAGCAGUUGCGCUCGGCAACCAAAUCAGUUUUGAAGAUUUGGAUAUAGAAAAGUUAUUGAGCAAUGAGGAAAAGAGUAAAGCAGCGUUCGCAUGCCUCAUGGAUCAGAAGCCUUGUGGAGAGAUGCAGGGAUUAAGAGAUACUAUACCCUACUUGAUAAAAACUAAAUGUGGUCAGUGUACUCCAAAACAGAAGCAGAAGUAUGAUCACAUAUCUAAAGUUCUCAGUGAAAAACAUCCAGAAUACUUCAGUGCUUUAGCGUUAAAAUAUUCGCCGUCGGCGCAAUAAAUUUGAAUAGUCUAAAA